ACAUCAUUUCCCAUCACACAGGCGUCAGAGCGCAGUAGAAGUCGACCAGAAGAGCGGGGAAUAGAGACUGGAGACGGCGAGAUAGGAGAGAAGAGAGAUGGCGGCGAGGAGAGCGGAGGAGGAGUACGAUUACUUGUUCAAGGUGGUAUUGAUCGGCGAUUCGGGCGUGGGGAAGUCCAACCUGCUCUCGCGAUUCACCCGCAACGAGUUCUGCCUCGACUCUAAGUCCACCAUCGGCGUCGAAUUCGCCACCCGUACCCUCCAAGUUGAGGGCAGGAUAAUAAAAGCACAGAUAUGGGACACAGCAGGCCAGGAGCGAUACCGGGCAAUAACCAGUGCUUAUUAUCGUGGAGCCCUUGGAGCCCUCUUAGUCUAUGAUGUGACAAAGCCCACAACUUUUGAGAAUGUUAGCCGAUGGCUCAAGGAGCUUCGUGACCAUGCUGACUCCAACAUUGUGAUCAUGCUCAUUGGUAAUAAAACUGACCUUGAGCACCUCCGUGCAGUCGCCACUGAAGAUGGACAGAGCUUUGCUGAGAGGGAAGGGUUAUCCUUCAUAGAGACAUCUGCCCUUGAGGCUAUAAAUGUGGAGAAGGCCUUCCAAAUGAUUCUUGCUGAGAUUUACCGAAUCAUCAGCAAGAAGAACAUCUCCUCAGAUGAGCCUGGGUUAGGAUCUGCUGGAGGCAUUAAAGAAGGGAAGGCCAUCACAGUCUCUGCAUCAGAGAACAGUACAAGGAAGUGCUGCUCAACAUAGUGGUGACUAGCGCCGCAUAUUCUUAUGCAUUUAUGGGAUGUAAAUUUUGGGAUUGAAAGCUUCUGGACCAAAUUUGUUGUGCUUCAUCGGGAUUAGGUGCUUGGUUGAGGCUGCUUUCUUCUGUUUCUGCUGGAUCUCAGUGUACUUGCUUUCAGUAUUCUGUUAUAUUACUUGGAAGUAUAGAUAUAAAAGAUUCUUCCCAUAAA